AUAAUGUAUUAAAUAUUAUAAAAAUAACUACAUUUAACUAAAUUCAAUUGUGGAAUUGUGGAAAGAAAACAAAUUUGAACCAGAAAACAACUAUUGAUUCAAAACAAUAUCAUAUUCAUUUUUAAAAACAGUAAAAUAGCUAUCCAAUAGACGACGGAAUGAAAUUAGACCAUAAAAUCAAAGUUGACAACAGACCUGACAGGCGGCGUCGUUAUGAACAUGUAAGUCCACCACCGUUACCACUAGGAACUAGUCGUAGUCCUAGUCCAUCACAUUUAGAAGUUAGAUAUGGAGUACCAUUGCGACGCCGUCCUCAACUUAUGCUUCAACCGUUAAAUAUAUACGCUGCACCGCAAUAUUCCGUACAAAACAUUCCGGCAAUUAAUGGUCAUAUUAAUUAUGGUUCUUCGCAAUUAAAUGUUGAUGCAAGACGAAGUAGAAGGGAAGUUGGAGGAAUAUUUGCGUUGCAGAAUUUUCAGCCUAAUGAAUUUCAUAGACGCCAUAAUUCUAAUCACCACGUUGCUCCUUGUAAUCGUUCGCGUUUACCAUCUGCACGCGCUGACCAAACACCAGGUGUUAAUAAUCAAUUUAAUCCUAAUACACACUGUGGACCCAAUAUAGCGCUACCACAUCUGGUAUCCAAUGACAAUGCUCAUACUUCACCACCUUUGAAUGCUGAACUAGUAUCAACAGUACCACCCAGCCAAGCUGAUCAUCGUAUGUACAAUUAUUUUGACGAACCGUGUAAUUCAAAUGUCCACCAAAGUCGGCCUGGCCACCGUCCUACAGAAUGUUUACCAUCAGAAAACUUUAGACAAAACAAUCGCAAAAGAUUUGUUCUGUGCAGUAAUUCUGCAUUAUCUUCAGAUAACACCCGAAGCCGUAGCCCAUCCACAGAUUCAAUUUCAGAUCUUAGUUCAUAAUUGAUAGGCUAAUAUCAAAAUAAAACAAGUCUGAAUUCACGACCUUGAUUUUCCUGCAGAAUACCACCAUAUGGCAGAAAUGAAACAGGUUACACAACUAAAAAAUUUGAACCAAAUGUUCAAGAAUUCUUUAUAUCAAUUAUUAUCAUACAAACCAAAAGGACUCAACGUUAUGCAGACAUAAACAAAUGAUUUAUCAAUUUAAAUAUUGGUUUUAAUUCCGACAAUCUUGCAGUUUUUAUUAGAAUUACAGUUAAGCCUAUUU